GGUCGCCUCAACAACGUCGCCCCCAACAGACAGCCUUCCUUUUCACUACAGGGCCCCUGGACACGCCCACGACUGUCGAACUCCACACACCGCAUAACCGCAACCAUGGAUUCCCCGGAGCCUGAUACCCCUUUCGCGGCCGUCACAGCGCAGACAACGAAGUAUGGCAGGAUGUUCCAGGCUUAUCUCGACAAGUCCACACCCUACAACACCUAUCGAUGGAUUGGCACUGGUGUACUGUUCUUCCUCUUCGGCCUGCGCAUAUUCAUCGCCCAGGGCUGGUACAUUGUCGCCUACUCGCUCGGCAUCUACCUGCUCAACCUCUUCCUCGCCUUCCUCUCGCCCAAGUUCGACCCCGCGCUAGAGCAGGAUGAGGGUAUGGAGGAUGGAAACGCAAGCGGCCUCCCCACCAAGGAGGACCAGGAGUUCAGGCCAUUCGUGCGCCGUCUUCCAGAAUUCAAGUUCUGGUACUCGACGACCAAGGCCAUCGCUAUUGGUUUCUUCUGCAGCUGGUUCGAGAUCUUCAACCUACCUGUUUUCUGGCCCGUCCUCGUCGUGUAUUGGCUGAUCCUCUUCGGCCUGACCAUGCGCCGACAAAUCCAGCACAUGAUCAAGUACCGCUACGUCCCCUUCACUGUGGGCAAGACACGAUACCCCGGCGCCUCGAGCUAAGUGCACUCGCGUCCACUCGAUCAUUCUCACCGCUUCGUGCGGACGAACAAGUUGCUUUUAGCGCGAGCAUUGUUGUAAACGAUAGACUAUGUGCUUCUAUUCUGCGACAGCAUGUUGCACUAGGGAAGGUUUCUACGCUUGGAUGUUGCAUGAUAUGUAUACGUAGGUUAUGUCAAAACACCUAUAUCUUUAAUUCUGGGGAUGACAAAGAGCGAAUUCAA